AUGGCCAUCACCAAGAUCCACGCUCGCUACGUCUACGACUCCCGUGGCAACCCCACCGUCGAGGUUGACGUUGUCACCGAGACUGGCCUUCACCGCGCCAUCGUCCCCUCCGGUGCCUCCACUGGUCAGCACGAGGCUUGCGAGCUCCGCGAUGGCGACAAGUCCAAGUGGGGUGGCAAGGGUGUCACCAAGGCUGUCGAGAACGUCAACUCCGUCAUCGCCCCUGCCCUGAUCAAGGAGAACCUUGAUGUCAAGGACCAGACCAAGGUCGACAAGUUCCUCAUCGACCUCGAUGGCACCCCCAACAAGACCAAGCUGGGAGCCAACGCCAUUCUGGGUGUCAGUUUGGCCGUUGCCAAGGCUGGUGCUGCUGAGAAGGGCGUCCCCCUGUAUGCCCAUGUCUCCGACCUGGCCGGUACCAAGAAGCCCUACGUCCUGCCCGUCCCCUUCAUGAACGUCCUCAACGGAGGUUCCCACGCUGGUGGCCGCCUUGCUUUCCAGGAGUUCAUGAUCGUUCCUUCUGCUGCUCCUUCCUUCUCCGAGGCCCUCCGCCAGGGUGCCGAGGUCUACCAGGCCCUGAAGGGUCUGGCCAAGAAGAGGUAUGGCCAGUCCGCCGGCAACGUCGGUGACGAGGGUGGUGUUGCCCCCGAUAUCCAGACCGCCGAGGAGGCCCUUGAGCUCAUCACCGACGCCAUUGAGCAGGCUGGCUACACCGGCAAGAUGAACAUUGCCAUGGACGUUGCCUCCAGCGAAUUCUACAAGGAGGACGCCAAGAAGUACGACCUCGACUUCAAGAACCCCGACAGCGACCCCACCAAGUGGAUCACUUACGAGCAGCUUGCUCAGCAGUACUCGGACCUCAGCAAGAAGUACCCCAUUUCCUAUGGUAUCUUUAGGGACACUAGGCAGGACUGA